AAUUCACAUUGGAAUUGGAGACGCUUGAAAACACCCGCGUAGCCGUUGAUGAUAAUAACCUUUGGAUAAGAGAGAGUGACGAUAGUGGUUGCGACAAUGGCCUCUUCAACCUCUGCAUUCACAGCGAAGGUUCUUCUCUUUAAGAGACCAAACUUCCAUCCUCAACCUCACUUCUCGCACAGUCCCAGGGCCUCUCUCCAUGGCCUUCAGCACCACCACUUCAAUCGCAGGCAUUUCUUAUCCCAAACAGCGGCUAUUUCACUUCCCUUGCUAGCUCCACUAAUCCACCAACCGGCCAACGCUGAAGAGACCCUUUCCGAGUGGGAUAAAAUUUCCCUACCCAUUGACCCUGGUGUCGUCCUCCUCGACAUAGCCUUCGUCCCCGAUGAUAUGAAUCAUGGUUUCCUGCUGGGAACCAGGCAAACUAUUUUGGAGACUAAAGAUGGUGGAGAAACUUGGGUUUCGCGUUCAAUACCAUCGGCUGAAGAUGAGGAUUUCAACUAUAGAUUCAAUUCCAUUAGCUUCAACGGUAAAGAGGGAUGGAUCGUUGGAAAACCUGCAAUUUUGCUGUACACCUCCGAUGCUGGAGAAACCUGGCAGAGGAUACCUCUCAGUGCUCAACUUCCUGGAGAUAUGGUAUAUAUAAAAGCAACUGGAGAAAAAAGUGCAGAGAUGGUGACUGACGAAGGUGCAAUAUAUGUCACAUCAAAUGGGGGUUAUAACUGGAGGGCUGCAGUUCAGGAGACGGUUUCGGCAACUCUUAAUAGAACAGUUUCUAGUGGUAUUAGUGGUGCAAGUUACUAUACAGGGACUUUUAAUACUGUGAAUCGCUCUCCUGAUGGAAACUAUGUAGCUGUCUCAAGCCGUGGUAACUUUUAUUUGACAUGGGAACCCGGACAGCCAUUCUGGCAGCCACAUAACAGAGCAGUUGCAAGAAGAAUUCAAAACAUGGGAUGGAGAGCUGAUGGUGGUCUUUGGCUUCUUGUCCGUGGUGGGGGACUUUUUCUCAGUAAAGGCACAGGAAUAACAGAGGAUUUUGAAGAAGUUCCAGUGCAAAGUCGAGGUUUUGGCAUUCUUGAUGUUGGAUACCGAUCCAAGGAUGAGGCUUGGGCAGCAGGAGGCAGUGGAAUUCUGUUAAGAACCACUAAUGGUGGUAAAACAUGGACUCGUGACAAAGCAGCUGACAAUAUUGCUGCAAAUCUGUAUUCAGUGAAGUUUAUCGAUGAUAGAAAGGGAUUUGUGCUAGGAAAUGAUGGAGUCUUGCUUCGAUACCUUGGAUAAAAGUUGAUGGUAGUAUUCUUUUUCCUCCUCUUUAUAAUGACUUUUUUUUCUGAAAUUUUACUGAUGAACACACGUAAAAUGUGCAAAGUCUCUGUUCAAUAAUUGAAAAAUUAUAUUUUUUCCAUAUAAUUAUUAGUAUUUAUGGCUACUCAAAAUAUAGGAAGAAGUGUAUUUCAAAUGGUAAAUUUGUUGCAAUCAGUGUGAUUUUUGUAUGUGAAUUCUGUAGUUACUGAUAGAAAGUAUUGUCCUUUAAGCCUUUGUUUGGAUGCUUUAAUUGUGCAGGAGAAAUAAAGAGAAAUUGAGCAGGGGAAAUGGUGAGAAAAUAAUAAAAAGGAACUCUAAUUUUCUUAUUUUUAUUGGAAUAGAUUAUAAGAGUAGGAGAGGAAAACAUUCCCUCCUGUAAGAAAGAGCGGAAAAUAAUUAUAUUUGGGUUCCUAUGCUAAAA